AUGACCGAUUUUCUCUGGUUCUGCAUUAAGUGUUCAUCUCUUCCACUCGUCAGAUGUAUAACUCUGCUGGCACAGAACUGCGAUAGGUUGUCAAAGAUUGUAGAGCAAGCAACAACAGUGAAAGCUGUCCCAUAUGAGCCAGAUAACUCUGUACAUAACGAUCCAUGCUCAACAUCAUGCUUCAAUCUAGAACGGUGUAAGAACAAUGUUCCAGUGUUAGUCACCGCGACAGUAGCGGCUGCUCGUAAAGACGCUUUCACCGCACACUCUCCUCCAGAACCACCCACCAAGCUGAAAGCUGUUAAAGGGACGACAGCAUACGCGUCCGUUGUCACUACUCAUACGGCUGAGGCCCCUUUCAUCGUUACGCAACCCGCUGCCAAACAAGUUAUUACUAGCGUUACCACCACGGUACUCAAGACCUCAUCAUCUACCCAAGCGAAGAAACCAGUUACUGAUCCUCACAAGAAGGUGGACAUUAAAAAACGCCAUAAUCCCUUGACAGUUAUAUGCUCCAAUGUGACUGAAUCCGGGGCGAACUCCAUAAAAGAUAAGAUAUUGGACGACAAAAACAGUGGGACUCCCUGUGUCAACUGA